AUGGGUCUUGAAAUGGUUCUUCGAUCCUUGGAAUCUCUUGGUCUACCUUUUGUUGGCGCUCUCUUCUCACCAGGUCUUUUACGUGGAGAAGUUUCUGACUUGAUAUCGAUCUGGUCUAUUCUUCCUCAAACUACGAAUAGCCAUAGCCUCGUGUCCACAACACCAGAGGAAUGCACCAAAGGAGUUAGACAAGCUUGCUUGUCUUCAGUAUCUCCGGUGCAUAGCUUUCUGAACGUUCAGCCAGAAACCCGAAAAUCUCCUUCUCCAUUCAUAAGAUCACGAUCUCCAGAUUCCCCAAGUCAUCCACGGACAAAGCAUAGUUCUAAGAGUGCAUUCUCAAGAUCUUCCUCAUUCUGCACAAACUUGUACCUAUCAUCUUCUUCGAGCUCCGAAACUCAGAGACAGCUCGGGAACAGUCUUCCGUUUCUCCCAAACCCUUUGACUUACAGCCAGACUGCUUCAGCUUUUGAGUCUGCAAAAUCUCCAGCAGUUUUCAGUGAGGAUUUGGGCGCUCCGUACGAUGGGGAUGGGGACAGUGAAGGGACUCUUGUCAAAGACUUCUUUAAUCUUCCCCAAGAUGAUGAUGAAUUUCAUGAACUUGGCUGUCCAAAUGACAGCUUCUUGUUAUCGGAACAAAUGGAGCUGCAGUUCCUGUCUGAUGAACUUGCUGAGACUCCUAGGCUUGAUGAGAUCUAUAAAACUCCUCUGGCUUUGUCAAAUCCAGGGAUUGAAAUGAGUCGCAGCCAAGACUGUGUCCCUGCUGUUAUGUCUGUGGAUGCAGUUUUGUCUCAUCCUUCUCCAGGUUCUGUCCCUAAUCAUAAACCGAGAAUGAGAUGGACUCCUGAGCUCCAUGAGCGUUUUGUGGAGUCUGUUCACAAGCUCGAAGGGCCUGAAAAGGCAACUCCAAAGGCUGUUCUGAAGCUCAUGAACGUGGAAGGCUUGACUAUCUAUCACGUGAAAAGCCACUUGCAGAAGUACAGACUGGCGAAGUAUAUGCCAUUGCCAGAGAAAAACGAAGAGAAGAAGAUUGGUACCUCGGAAGAGAAGAAACAUUCUUCAAGUAACAGCGAAACAGAUGGGCGAAAGAAAGGGGUCAUGCAGAUAACAGAAGCUCUGCGUAUGCCGAUGGAAGUUCAGAAGCAAUUGCACGAACAGCUCGAGGUUCAAAGAGCUCUCCACCGACGGAUAGAAGAGCACGCAAGGUACUUGCAGAAGAUCUUGGAAGAACAGCAGAAAGCAGCCACUCUGAUUUCUUCUUCUCAGACGCCAUGCAACUCGAAACCCGACAAUGACAAGGCUUCAGAGGUCGAGGUCUCCCCGAGACUCGUCCAGAACAAAUCCCAAUCUGAACAUAGAUAACCUAAGCGCCAUUUCAUUUUCUCCUGUAGCAUAUGUUAUGUAUAAUAUCAGUUCUGCUGUGUACUUUUUUUAACUAAGUAGAAACCUAGUGAGCUCAAUAUUUGUUGUUCUUGGCGGGAUUGGAUAAUCACGCAACUUAAAGACAUUGUUCCAUUGAACUCUUC